AUGCCAGUCUCUAAGGGCCGCGAAGACUCGGGAAAAGGUAGCUCUCAGGAAAACGAGCAUACCGACCUCGUCAACAAUGCUAAUGCGAAGAUACAAAACCCCCUCCACGGCAUCCCUCAUGAUAGACUUCUGGCUCAAGUUAAUGCCUUCGCAAAAGAGUACAACAUGGGGGAUAGCCUCAUUCACCUGCAAAAAGGUGCUCUGGUUGCGCAGAAUCCUGGAAACUUUGAAAGCAUUAUGGAACUAAGCGACGAUGACCGUGAAGUCCUUCGUCGGGAGAGGACCCACAAAUGGAGUCAGCCUCGUGACCUCUAUCUUACUGUUGUUCUGUGUUCUGUUGCGGCAGCUGUCCAAGGAUGGGACCAAACAGGGUCUAAUGGCGCUAACCUGUCCUUCCCUGCUGAAUUUAAUAUUGCCUUUGAGGACGGCGGUCCUAAUACCAAUAAGAACGAGUGGAUUGUGGGCGUGAUCAAUGCAGCGCCCUUCAUUUCGUGGGCUCUUUUCGCCUGUCGAUUGCUGCUUGGCAUCGGGGUUGGUACUAAGGCAUGUACGGUGCCCGUUUACGCUGCCGAAAAUACGCCCGCUCUCAUCCGCGGUGGAUUGGUCAUGUCCUGGCAGAUGUGGACGGCGUUUGGGAUCUUCCUUGGCUUCUGUGCGAACCUUGCCUUAUAUCGGGUGGGAGAAAUUGCCUGGCGUCUGCAACUAGGCUCUGCCUUCAUACCGGCCAUCCCGUUGGUUGUGGGUGUUUAUUUCUGUCCUGAGUCUCCUCGAUGGUUGAUGAAGAAGGGCAGAUACCCCGCCGCUUACAGAUCGUUCAAGCGUCUACGAAAUAGCGAGCUGCAGGCUGCUCGGGACCUCUACUACGUCCACCAACAAUUAAUGACCGAAAAGGAUGUAAUCGGCGGCCAAUCCUACAUAUCCCGCUUCACAGAGCUAUUCACCUUACCACGAGUCCGCAGAGCCACGCUAGCUAGCUUCGUUGUGAUGAUAGCCCAGCAAAUGUGUGGUAUCAACAUCAUCACAUUUUAUUCAUCCACGAUUUUCGUGUAUGCAGGAUACUCGACCUUGUCUGCCUUCUUUGCGUCAUUUGGAUUUGGUCUAGUCAACUGGGUAUUCGCCUUCCCUGCGGUCUGGACAAUCGACACUUUCGGGCGAAGAAACCUCCUUCUGUUCACCUUUCCAAACAUGGCCCGGACUUUACUUGCUGCUGGCUUUUGCUUCUAUAUCCCGGACGGAAGCAAAUCGAAAGUCCCGCUGAUUGCUCUUUUUGUGUUCCUAUUUGCAGUUUUCUACUCUCCCGGGGAAGGACCAGUGCCUUUCACCUAUUCGGCAGAAGUGUUCCCUAUCACCCAUCGAGAAAUGGGGAUGUCGUGGGCUGUCGCUACGAAUUUCUUCUGGGCCUCCGUUCUCUCCUUAACAUUCCCCCGUCUUUUGUCGGUGUUUGAUCCAGUCGGUGCAUUUGGCUUCUAUGCAGGAUUAAACAUGGCUGCAUUCAUUAUGAUAUUUUUCCUGGUGCCAGAAACGAAGCAAUGCACGCUAGAGGAAUUGGAUUUCGUGUUUGCCGUGCCUAUGUACAAGCACAUCAGGUACCAGGCAAAAAUGUUCCUUCCGUACUUCAUCAAGCGAUGGGUACUCUUCCGCAAGGGAACAACACUGGAGCCACUCUACAGUUUUGACGAAGUCAAGUCUAUCGCGGCCUUUGAGAAGGGAGUUGGUCAUUAA